GUUCCCGUGGCCGCCAUGGAUGAGCAAGCGGGUCCCGGCGUCUUCUUCAGCAACAACCACCCGGGUGCCGGCGGUGCCAAGGGUCUCGGGCCUCUGGCGGAGGCUGCCGCGGCCGGCGACGGGGCGGCUGCGGCGGGGGUGGCCCGAGCCCAGUACAGUCUCCCGGGGAUCCUGCACUUCCUGCAGCACGAGUGGGCCCGCUUCGAGGUCGAGAGAGCCCAGUGGGAAGUGGAGCGGGCGGAGCUGCAGGCUCAGAUUGCCUUCCUUCAGGGGGAAAGGAAAGGUCAAGAAAAUUUGAAGAAGGAUCUUGUGAGGAGGAUCAAGAUGCUGGAGUAUGCUCUUAAACAGGAAAGAGCUAAAUACCACAAGUUGAAAUAUGGAACAGAAUUGAAUCAGGGAGAUAUGAAGCCUCCAAGCUAUGACUCUGAUGAAGGUAAUGAAACAGAGGUGCAGCCACAGCAAAACAGCCAGUUAAUGUGGAAACAAGGUCGACAACUACUCAGACAGUAUCUACAGGAGGUGGGUUACACAGAUACUAUUCUAGAUGUGAAAUCCAAACGAGUGCGAGCUUUGUUGGGCUUUUCAAGUGAUGUCACUGACAGGGAAGAUGACAAAAAUCAGGACUCAGUUAUAAAUGGCACAGAGGCUGAAGUUAAAGAGACAGCAAUUAUUGGAAAAUCUGAGUUAACAGAUUCUGCCUCCGUGCUGGAUAAUUUUAAAUUCCUUGAAAGUGCAGCUGCAGAUUUCAGUGAUGAAGAUGAAGAUGAUGACAUUGAUGGAAGAGAGAAAAGCAUCAUUGAUACUUCAACGAUUGUUAGGAAAAAAGUAUUGCCUGAUAGCAGUGAAGAUCGAGAUACAAAAGAAGCUCUAAAGGAGUUUGACUUUUUGGUUACAUCAGAAGGAGACAAUGAAUCCAGAAGUGCAGGCGAUGGAACAGACUGGGAAAAGGAAGACCAGUGUCUCAUGCCUGAAGCUUGGAAUGUGGACCAGGGAGUAAUUACCAAACUCAAGGAACAAUACAAAAAGGAGAGAAAGGGGAAAAAGGGGGUGAAGAGGCCCAAUAGGUCAAAACUGCAAGAUAUGCUUGCUAAUUUGAGAGAUGUUGAUGAACUUCCCUCAUUGCAGCCAUCUGUGGGUUCACCUUCCAGACCCAGCAGCUCCAGGCUUCCUGAACAUGAAAUAAAUAGGGCAGAUGAAGUGGAAGCAUUGACGUUUCCUCCUUCUUCUGGGAAGUCAUUCAUCAUGGGAGCAGAUGAAGCCCUUGAAAGUGAACUGGGACUUGGAGAAUUGGCAGGCCUUACAGUGGCCAAUGAAGCAGACUCAUUAACUUAUGAUAUAGCAAACAAUAAAGAUGCAUUGAGGAAGACAUGGAACCCUAAGUUUACAUUAAGAAGUCACUUUGAUGGCAUUAGAGCCCUUGCUUUCCACCCCAUUGAGCCUGUUUUGAUAACAGCAUCAGAGGAUCACACGUUAAAAAUGUGGAAUUUGCAGAAAACAGCCCCAGCCAAAAAGAGCACUUCUCUUGAUGUGGAGCCUAUCUAUACAUUCAGAGCUCAUAAAGGUCCAGUGCUUUGUGUGGUAAUGAGCAGCAAUGGUGAGCAGUGCUAUAGUGGCGGGACUGACGGACUGAUCCAGGGCUGGAACACCACCAACCCCAACAUCGAUCCCUAUGACUCUUACGAUCCUUCUGUUUUAAGAGGCCCUCUCCUAGGCCACACCGAUGCAGUCUGGGGUUUGGCUUACAGCGCAGCACACCAGCGUUUGUUGUCCUGUUCAGCAGAUGGCACUCUCCGUUUAUGGAAUACAACCGAGGCUGCUCCAGCCCUGAGUGUAUUUAAUGAUAAUCAAGAAUUGGGAAUCCCUGCCUCUGUGGAUCUAGUGAGCAGUGACCCGAGCCAUAUGGUAGCAUCAUUCAGCAAAGGAUACACAAGCAUCUUUAACAUGGAAACACAACAAUGCAUUCUCACUUUAGAAUCCAACCUAGAUUCAACAGCCAACUCUUCCUGCCAAAUAAAUAGAGUCAUCAGUCAUCCCACUCUUCCCAUCAGCAUCACUGCUCAUGAAGACAGGCAUAUCAAAUUCUACGAUAACAAUACAGGCAAACUGAUCCACUCGAUGGUAGCCCACCUAGAAGCUGUUACAAGUUUAGCAGUUGAUCCAAAUGGCCUGUACUUAAUGUCUGGCAAUAUAGGUCAUGACUGUUCAAUACGUUUAUGGAACCUAGAAAGUAAAACGUGUAUCCAAGAGUUCACAGCUCAUCGGAAAAAGUUUGAAGAAUCAAUCCAUGAUGUAGCUUUCCACCCAUCCAAAUGCUAUAUAGCCAGUGCUGGGGCUGAUGCACUGGCUAAAGUCUUUGUAUGACACAAUGCACCAUCUUCACCUUCUAGCUCUUUAUAAAUAAUCAACUGCACAAAAGAGAUACAGAAGACCGGGGCAAGAGUCAACCCAUCCAGCCCUUUUGUUCUGCUGAAGGAGCACAG